UAUAAAGUUCGGAUGGAUCGAGUUUCUUACUAGCCUCCUCCAUCUUUGCAAAACUGAAUCUGAGCCAUUCAAGGGAAAGGGAAAAAAAAAAAAGAACAAUCAGUCCUUGUGAUAGGUAAACAAUGUCAUCGAAACAAGAGCUCACCAGAUUUGAGGAUGAUUUCUCUGGAAACGAUUUCGACGCCGAUGAGCUACCGCCGACGUAUAGUUCUCUCUUCACUGAAGCACCCCUAACAUCGCCAACAUUCAGCAAUAAUCAAAAUCAGCAUACUCUAGCAGCCCUUGAAGACAGUGGCCGUUUCAGCAUCGAUCUGAGUGCUGGGAGUCGGACAUCUGUUAUUUUCCAGGGAUUUUCAAUCCCGGCACAACGUCCACAUAUGAUCGACAUAGUGACAACGCCAAAGUCUAAACCUGAAGUGGAAGAUAAUAGGGACCAUAUGGAAACUCCCCCUGCGACUAAUGUAAUUGGGCUAGAUAUCGUUCUGAUGCUCGUUGGAAGUAGGGAUGAUGUCAAGUCCUGCAUUUCAAUUGGCCAGGGACUUUGCCGUCAUGGACACCGAGUUCGAGUCGCAACACAUUCAAUCUUCUCCACGCUUGUGAGAAAGGCCGGGCUAGAGUUUUUCUCAGUCAGUAGCGACCCAGAUCACCCAAUGGCUAAACUAGAUUCAGGGCUUAUGCCCGGGUUAAUCAGCCCAAAGAAGAGUGAAGCCAUGAAGAACAGCAAAAUACUUAUAGACUCCCUUAAGUCUUGUUGGAUUGCCUGCACUCAUCCUGGGCUUUGGAAGGAUAAGCCUUUCCUUGCUGAUGCGAUAGUAGCAACACCUCUUGCUCAUGUUCACCUACACUGCGCUGAACGAUUGUCGAUCCCACUUCACAUAAUGUCUACGACCCCUUGGACCCCGACGAGGCAAUUCGCACACCCUUUGGCACAUGUUCAAGCAGAUAGCGAGAUGAAUCGGGAGACGCAAAACUACCUUUCUUAUUUACUGAUUGAGGAAUCGCUGUUGCAUGAGGUGUAUCAUGUUAUUGAUCAUUUUCGACAAGCAGUUCUAGGCCUUCAAAGACUACCAGUAGGCGGAGGGAGCCUACUAAGGCAAUUGAAUAUUCCUCAUACCUAUCUUUGCUCUUCUGCCUUGAUCCAAAGACCAACUGACUGGGAAGACAUGAUUGAUUUAUCGGGUUAUAUUUUAUUAGAAGGCCAGUCUUCUUAUACACCAUCGGAAGAGCUAGUCCGAUUCCUAGAAUCAACACCCGCGCCUAUAUUUGUCUCACUAGACGUCACAUUGCUGGGAAACCUGGAAAAUUUUGUGCGAUGCCUUAAAGAGGCCUCGAAUAAAUACGGGCUGGCGUUCCUUUUACCAAGUGGAUUCCGCCUAGUGAGCGGCCUCUCAGGGGCUCUGAACAUCUUUGUCCUAGAAAAUGUUCCGAUUGAAUGGCUAAUGCCAAAAGUCUCCGUGCUCUUUACACAUGGUGACACUGCAACAAUUUCAAUGGGACUGCGUCAUGGAAAGCCGAUGGUUUCGUUGCCACUUCUUCGAGAUCAACCUUUCUGGUCCUCGGUGAUCCACAACGCGUGCAUCGGUCCAGCUCCAAUUCAGGAGAAAGACUUUUCUACUGAGCCAUUCGUGGAUGCAGUGCGCCACUGCCUUCGGCCUGAGGUUCGAGAGGCUGUACAACACAUCGGGGAACAGAUUCGGCUAGAGAAUGGCGUUGAAUCUGCAGUAAAUUCAUUCCACCGCCAUUUCAAUUGGGAUGAACUUCAAUGCAGCAUCACUAAAGCCGAUCCUGCGGUCUAUCGGCUGCGUGAGAAGCCAACAAUCAAGCUAUCUACUGUUGCUGCAGCUGUACUGAUGAGGUCCAAGGCAAUACGAAGGUCAGAAUUGGAAUUGUAUGUAUGAUCCUAUGAUGCAACCUUCAAAAUCACGUCCCU